AGACUGUUGCAGGAAGGAGUGGUGUGGACACGUCUCACCGGGCGGACGCGGCCUGGCGGUUCUGAUUUGGAUUCUGGCGCCUGGGCCACGACGCCUUGAGGAGCUUUAUCAGGCUGUCUGGGAAGAUCUGGGAGCCCAGGGCAUCCCGAAGUCACCCCACCCCGCGCCAUGUCCUAUACGUUCACGAGGGGUCCUGUUUGGAAGUAUUCACAGUCUGUCCAGUAUGGAUCACACGAAAAUAUUCCAAGACUUUCAUACUCAACUUUCUUGCCACAUUUUGAAUUCCAAGACAUUAUUCCUCCAGAUGACUUCCUAACGAGUGAGGAAGAGCAAGAUUUGGUUUUAUUUGGAACUAUGAGAGGACAAGUUGUUGGGCUACGCUAUUACACAGGAGUUGUAAAUAAUAAUGAAAUGGUUGCUUUACAACGAGAGCCUAAUAAUCCCUAUGAUAAGAAUGCUAUAAAAGUAAAUAAUGUGAAUGGAAAUCAGGUUGGCCAUAUAAAGAGAGAGAUUGCAGCUGCCGUGGCCUAUAUCAUGGACAACAAAUUGGCACAAGUGGAAGGUGUAGUUCCUUUUGGUUCAAGUAAUACUUUUACCAUGCCUCUUCAUAUGACUUUCUGGGGAAAAGAAGAAAAUAGAAACGUGGUUUUAGAGCAGUUGAAGAAACAUGGACUUAAGUUGGGUCCCACACCAAAGACUUUAGGGUCGAGUUUGGAGAACGCAUGGGGCUCUGGGAGAGCUGGACCAAGCUAUAGUAGGCCGGCUCAUGUGGCAGUACAGAUGACAACUGACCAGCUCAAAACGGAAUUUGACAAAUUAUUUGAAGAUUUAAAAGAAGAUGAUAGAACUGUUGAAAUGGAACCAGCUGAGGCUAUUGAAACACCGUUGCUUCCACACCAAAAACAAGCUCUAGCUUGGAUGAUCGCACGAGAGAACAGCAAAGAACUGCCACCAUUCUGGGAACAGCGCAAUGACUUAUAUUACAAUACAAUAACAAAUUUUUCUGUGAAGGAACGGCCGGAAAAUGUUCAUGGAGGAAUUCUAGCGGAUGAUAUGGGUUUGGGCAAAACUCUUACUGCUAUUGCUGUCAUUCUUACCAACUUUGAUGAUGGCAGGCCUCUUCUCAGUAAGAGAGGCAAGAAGAAUCAUCCAGGAAAGGAAUACAAGGAUGAGACCAUUAAGCUCAGAGGAAGUAAUACGGACAAGAAGGAAGAUGGACACUCAGAGUCAUCCACGUGUGGUGAGGAACGCAGUAUUUCAGGUACUCCCGAGAAGAGUAGCUGUCCUCUGUCACAACUGUCCAGUGUCGGCCCUAAGAGAAGAAAAGUUUCUGUACAGUACAUUGAAAGUAGUGAUUCAGAGGAAAUCGAGACAAGCGAACUGCCCCAGAAAAUGAAAGGCAAGCUGAAAAAUGCACAGUUAAAUACUAAAAGUAGAGUAAAAGGAUCAUCUAAGGUUAAAGAAGAUUCAAAAUUUGCACUUACUGUUUUUGCCUCUGCAACACAAAGGAAAAUGUUGAAAAAAGGCACGUCUAUGAUGGAGUGCUCAGAGACAUGUGACAGUGGAGAGAGGACAAGAACAACACUGAUCAUCUGUCCACUCUCUGUGCUCAGCAACUGGAUUGACCAGUUUGGACAACAUGUAAAAUCAGAAGUGCACUUGAAUUUUUAUGUUUAUUAUGGUCCUGAUCGUAUUAGAGAUUCAGCCUGGCUUUCAAAACAGGAUAUUAUUUUGACUACUUACAAUAUUUUAACUCAUGAUUAUGGAACUAAAGAUGAUAGUCCAUUGCAUAGCAUCAAGUGGUUAAGGGUGAUCCUGGAUGAAGGCCAUGCCAUUCGAAAUCCAAACGCUCAGCAGACAAAAGCUGUACUUGAGUUAGAAGCAGAAAGAAGAUGGGUAUUGACAGGUACUCCUAUCCAGAAUUCUUUAAAGGACUUGUGGUCUCUUCUGUCCUUCUUAAAACUUAAGCCAUUCAUUGAUAGAGAGUGGUGGUAUAGGAUCAUACAGCGUCCUGUCACUUCAGGAGAUGAGGGAGGACUUAGGCGUUUACAGUCCUUAAUAAAAAAUAUCACGCUUAGAAGAACAAAGACAAGCAAAAUUAAAGGGAAACCUGUUUUGGAGUUGCCAGAAAGGAAAGUAUUUAUUCAGCACAUUACUCUGUCAGAAGAAGAGAGAAAGAUUUAUCAGUCUGUUAAAAAUGAAGGCAAAGCUGCCAUUGGAAGGUAUUUUACUGAAGGGACUGUCCUUGCACACUAUGCAGAUGUCUUGGGUCUUCUGCUUAGAUUGCGGCAGAUUUGUUGCCAUACCCAUCUUCUUACAAACGGAAUGUCUUCAAGUGGCCCCUCCAGUAAGGAAAUGGGAUUAGUUCAUACCAUUGUGUUUGCUAAAUAUUUCAGUUGGAAGACAGGAAGUGACACGCCUGAAGAGCUGAGAAAGAUGUUAAUAGAGAAGAUGAAGAUAAUUCUGAGCUCUGGUUCAGAUGAGGAAUGUGCAAUCUGCCUGGAUUCCUUAACAUUUCCUGUGAUAACCCAUUGUGCACACGUGUUCUGUAAACCUUGUAUCUGUCAGGUCAUUCAGAGUGAGCAGCCACAUGCAAAGUGUCCUUUGUGCAGAAAUGAGAUACAUGGAGAUAAUCUAUUAGAAUGUCCUCCAGAAGAACUGGCAUGUGACAGUGACAAAGAGUCCAGUAUGGAAUGGACGUCCAGCUCAAAGAUUAAUGCUCUAAUGCAUGCUUUGAUUGAAUUACGGACAAAGGACCCCAACAUAAAAAGUUUAGUUGUUUCUCAGUUUACCACAUUCUUGUCUUUAAUAGAAACACCUCUUAAAGCCUCAGGAUUUGUGUUUACUCGCUUAGAUGGUUCCAUGGCUCAAAAGAAAAGAGUUGAAUCAAUUCAGCGUUUUCAAAACACAGAAGCAGGAUCUCCGACGAUAAUGCUGCUGUCCUUAAAAGCAGGUGGAGUUGGCUUGAAUCUCUGCGCAGCUUCUCGAGUGUUCUUAAUGGAUCCGGCCUGGAAUCCUGCUGCAGAAGAUCAGUGCUUUGACCGGUGCCAUCGACUUGGCCAGAAGCAAGAGGUGAUCAUCACAAAAUUCAUUGUGAAGGACUCUGUUGAAGAAAAUAUGUUGAAAAUACAGAACACGAAGCGAGACCUGGCAGCUGGAGCCUUUGGCACUAAGAAAACAGACGCCAAUGAAAUGAAACAAGCUAAAAUCAAUGAAAUCAGAACUUUAAUUGACUUAUAAUUUGUGGGGUGUUUCUAAGGUCAGUUUGAACAGACACUUAAGUCUUACAGAUGAAAAGUAUAUAUUUAAGGAUGGGAUCUAGAGAAUACUUUAUGGGGGGGCAUAUUUUAUGUUAAUACAGUAGUGUUACUGACACAUCUCUUCUAUACCUGAAUUUCUUUUUAUGAUACUUCACAUAGCAGUGAGUUCCAUUGUAAACCGGCCUGAGAGACGUGUGCAUAGAGGGCCCUUUGCGCUCCAGGUUUGCAUUCCCUUGCUGAGUAUUUUCCUACAUUUCCCGUGUAUCCCACAUCUUCACUGAAGUGCAGUUGAAGCUUCUACUUCUAACCACUUACUCACCAAAGCCUUUUGGUAAUGAUUCAGUGAAUCCACAGUCCUUGUAAAUUAUGAACAAAUAUAUACAGACUAUAAGAAAGAUUUUAUGUUCAAAAAUUAUAGUUGCAAUCAUAACUAAACCUUGAAUAAAACACCAAAGUUCAGAGGGCAAGUUAAUUGCAAUUUUUUCUUUGUUGAGAUAUAACAAAUAUGUGACUUUCCAAAUGUAGAGACAAUUUAGAGAAAAAAAAAAAGCAUUGUGUGUUCAUUUUAGUGAAGUGGUGCCUUCAUUAUUUAAAUGUGAUGAUAGAGGCACAAGGUGUAAAUGGUAUGUAGGGGUGAAGGAACCAGUUCUACCUGGUUUGCCUUGAAUGCUUAUAUUAUGUAAUUUGAAUAGAUAUUUUUAUAAGUGCUCUCUAUUUAUAUAGGUCUUUUGGAAGUCCAACUUUAUAAGUUUAAUACAGAAGACUACUACUGAGCCUGAGAGGGGUGAUAAUCAGGAUGGAAAUUACCUUCACAGCUCAACUCUGAAAGACAUUUUACUACUGAGCCUGAGAGGGGUGAUAAUCAGGAUGGAAAUUACCUUCACAGCUCAACUCUUAAAGACAUUGUAAUCCCCAAUCUAAAAAUGCCUUUGUGAGUUUAGAAUCAGAAUUUAAUUUUGGAAUUUUAUUAAUUGAUCUCUUCAUUUUUUUAAACCCUUUUUUGGGAACUAUGACUCAUAGUUAAAACAAAUACUCAGUCAGGGUAUAUAACAAUAGCUUUCUUUUCUGUUGUUGUUUUUGAAUCCAGAGACAAGAUGACCUAGAAAAAGCUUUAUGGUUUAUGGUAUAGACUGAAGAACAACUGAGAUUGUAUUUAUGCUAUAAGAGUCUUACUUGACUAAGAGAGAUGAUAGAUACCCUUCUGAAUCCUCACAAAAUCCUCCCCAGCCUGUUAGUCCUCCAAGGAGACAGGAUAGCCAGCAAGCAUCUUCUCAGCUCCCGUGCUCGGGCAGCCAGGCGAGGCAGAGGAGCAUUCAGGUCAGGUUUUCUGUAGCAGUGAAAGUGGAAUAACUGGGAUUGGCCUGCUUGGGUGAGUAGCCCAUAGGAGAUUUUGUAGGACUAGUAUCACAUACAAAUCAAGUCUCAUUAUGUAUGGCAUUGGAGUUCUUUAGUUCCUAUACACAGUGAAAUUAAGUGUAAACUAGUUAUGGCCCAAAUAAACAAGAAACAAACACAGUUUACUCAUUUUAAUUACAAAUAAACCGAGGUUCAAAAGUGAAGGCCAUGUGUGUCUUGUCCAGAAAACUACAGAGCUCUCUAUGCUUUAAAACAUGAGAAUAAUCAAAGUUGGUGUUCAUAAAAAAAGUGAAUUCUAAGAUAUAUAAACAAACCACUGGGAUGAAGAAUGUUAUGUUCUGCUGUUUUACUACUUAGAAAUGUACUGAAAAUAUUAUAUUUCAAAUUGUGUUUCCAACUGGAUUGUUCUUUAAAUUAAAAAAAAAUCAAUAAAAAUCUAAU